AUGCACCCCACGUUCCUGACAAUCAGGAACAUCCACUCUGAAAUUCGCAUGAAGGCAACCUCACAUGCAUGGGCCUGCAUCAUGUACAUUCCAACCCCAGAAUAUAUCAUGAACCAUGAUUUCUCAGGAGUAUUGGAAGUGCACCUCUGGCAUAGGUGCAUGGAUAUGGUCUUACAAAACCUGAAGGUCACGGCUCAAGUGGGUGAAUUCAUGACAGACCCAAUGGGUUGCUGGUGUUAUGCAUUCACACCACUUGCCACCCACAUUUCUGACCUUCCUGAGCAACUUAUGAUUGCAUGCGUCUCGAAAAAUGUCUCACCCAUAACCCUAGCUGCACCAGCACAGUUUGACGAUGGCAUUGUGCACCCUCCCCAAGAUGGCCAAUCUACAAUCAAUGAGCUGAUCACGCUUGGCAAAAUUGUAGAUCCCUGGAAAGUUCAGGAAUUUCUGGAGUGGGCAAAGCAACAAUCACUCAGUGGUGUCCAUCUCCUGUAUUGGUGUGACUGGUGGUUUUCUGACCCUGCCAUUUUCCUCGUCCCCAAACUACUACACACAUGCCACAAGUUUUUCUUCAAUCAUAUAUUGAAAUGGUGCAAGGAGGUGGUAGGUGCUAAUGAGCUGGAUGCUCGAUUCCACAGCCAGCAUAAAUGUGUUGGCAUGCAUCAUUUCACUGAUGGCAUCUCUCAUGUUAAUCAAAUGACUGGACGUGAGCAUUGCAAUAUCCAGCAAAGACUGGUCCCCACCAUCGUGGGCGUGACUACCCCUGGAUUUGUUUGUGCACUCCAUGCACUUGUAGACUUCAUAUAUAAAUCACAGGCUCCUACCUUCACUGAUUCCUCCAUUGGCAGCAUGGUUGCCUCCCUCAAUGAGUUCCACGCCCAUAAACACUUCAUCUUAGAGGCAGAGGCUCGCACAGGAGCCUCCAGCCCAAUGGGUCAUUUCCAAAUCCCGAAACUCGAGCUCUUUAAUUCCUUUGCAUGCUCUAUCUGUAAAUCUGGUGCUGUCAUCCAACAUUCAGCAGAUGCCAGCGAAUGGCUGUUGAUCAUGCACUGCAAGACACCUUUCACUUGGACAAGUCACCAAAGGAGCACGUUUACUCAACAGGUUGUCACUCUCGUUAAUCAUGAGGAUACAAUGCAAUAA